GCGCCCGCCGCCAAGAUGUGGGCGGCGGCGGAGCCUGCCCGGAGGUGCUCUCGCUCGGGAGCGCGCUUCGCUCAUACAGUGGUUUUCUUACGUCACAAUCCAGAGGCUUCGGCGCGGGAGGGGCGGAGAGUCGGAGGAGGGAGCAGCGCGCUCUCAUUGACUGCGGUCUCCCGCUAUUGCGUUGACCAAUUCCCUAGGCAUAUUUUUGUGAUAGUUCCUUUUACAAAUAUCUGUAAAAUGGAGAACGAGAGUUUUAUGCCCCUUGUGGAGCAGUUCAUGACCAGCCCCUUGGUCACUUGGGUUAAAACGUUUGGACCUCUGGCUGAAGAAAAUGGGACCGACCUGGAUGAUUAUGUGGCUUUGGUGGAUGGGGUAUUCUUGAACCAGGUCAUGUUCCAAAUUAAUCCUAAAUUGGAUAGUCGGAGAGUCAAUAAAAAAUUCAACAAUGAUGCCUCACUUAGAAUUCAUAAUCUAUCCAUUUUGGUGAGACAGAUAAAAUUUUAUUACCAGGAGACUUUGCAGCAGUUGAUCAUGAUGUCAUUGCCAAAUGUCUUAGUCAUUGGCAGAAAUCCCUUUUCUGAACAAGGCAUAGAAGAAGUUAAAAAGUUGCUUUUACUUUUACUGGGUUGUGCAGUUCAGUGUCAGAAAAAAGAAGAAUUUAUUGGAAGAAUUCAAGGCUUAAAUUUUGACACAAAAGCAGCAAUUGCUGCACAUAUUCAAGAGGUAAUCGAUAAUCAAGAGAAUGUGUUUGAUCUUCGGUGGAUGGAAGAGACUGAUACGUCUCAAGAGGAACUAGAACGACUCUUGAAAAAUAUGGCAUUGCAUCUAAAAAGACUUACAGAUGAAAGAGAUGAAUAUUCAGAGACUAUCAUAGAACUCUCUGAAGAGCAAGAUGGUCUUCACUUUCUACCCCAUGCCUCUUCAUCUGUACAGUCACCCUGUGGUUCUCCAGGCAUGAAGCAAACAGAAAGUCAACAACUGGCAGAUGCUAAAGCCAAGAUAAGAAGGCUUAGAGACGAACUGUUUGUGGCAAUCCUGUGUCAAGAAUUAAAAGAAGACAAUCAAGUUUUAUUUGAAACAAAAACCAUGUUGGAGGACCAAUUAGAACGCACACGAGCUCGUUCUGAUAAAUUGCAUGAAUUAGAAAAAGAGAAUUUACAACUAAAAGCUAAACUGCAUGAUAUGGAAAUGGAACGUGAUAUGGAUAGAAAAAAGAUAGAAGAAUUAAUGGAAGAAAAUAUGACUUUGGAAAUGGCACAGAAACAGAGUAUGGAUGAAUCAUUACAUCUUGGCUGGCAGCUGGAACAAAUAUACAGAACUAGUGAACUUUCUGAAGCACCACAAAAAUCUUUGGGCCGUGAGGUGAAUGAAUUGACAUCAAGUAGUUUAUUGAAAUUAGAAAUGGAAAACCAGAGUUUGACAAAAACUGUAGAAGAACUUCGGAGUAGUAUGGAUUCUGCAGAAGGUAACACUUCCAAAAUCCUGAAAGUUGAGAAAGAAAAUCAAAGACUAAAUAAAAAGAUGAAAAUAUUAGAACAGGAAAAUGAACAUCUGAAUAAAACUGUGUCUUCCUUAAGGCAGCGCUCCCAGAUAAGUGCUGAAGCAAGCGUGAAAGACAUUCAAAAAGAAAAUAAAAUUCUCCAUGAAACAAAUAGCAAGCUAAGCAAGAUCGAAUUUGAAAAAAGACAAAUUAGAAAAGAAUUGGAACAUUAUAAAGAAAAAGGAGAACGAGCAGAGGAACUUGAAAAUGAGUUGCAUCGUCUUGAAAAAGAAAAUGAAUUGUUACAGAAAACGAUAACCAAUUUAAAAACUACUUGUGAAAAAAUUGAGGCCUUGAAACAAGAAAAUUCAGAGCUAGAAAGAGAGAAUAGGAAAUUUAAAAAAGCACUGGAUAGCUUUCAAAACCUUACUUUACAGUUACAAUCCUUAGAAAAAGAGAAUUCCCAACUUGAUGAGGAAAACUUAGAACUGCGAAGCAAUGUGGAAUCUUUGAAGUGUGCAAGCAUGAAAAUGGCUCAGCUACAACUAGAAAAUAAAGAACUGGAAAGUGAAAAAGAACAGCUGAAGAAGGGUUUAGAGCUCAUGAAAGCAGCUUUUGAGAAAACAGAAUGCUUGGAAGUUAGCUACCAGGGUUUAGAUACCGAAAAUCAAAGGCUACAGAAAGAUCUAGAAAACAGCAAGAAGAAAAUUCAGCAAUUAGAGAAUGAACUUCAAGACUUAGAGAUGGAAAAUCAAACAUUGCAAAAAAACUCAGAAGAGUUAAAAGUAUCUAGCAAAAGACCGGAACAGUUAGAAAAAGAAAAUAAGUCAUUAGAGCAAGAGACUUCUCCACUAGAAAAGGAUAAGAAACAAUUGGAGAAGGAAAAUAAGAGACUCCGACAACAAGCAGCAAUAAAAGAUACUACGUUAGAAGAAAAUAAUGUGAAAAUCGGAAAUUUGGAAAAAGAAAAUAAAACCCUCUUCAAAGAGAUUGGUGUUUAUAAAGAAUCCUACAUUCAUCUGAAAGAAUUAGUGAAAGAGAAUAAGGAGCUCAUGAAAAGAGCAUCUAUUGAAAUAAAAACUUUGGUUACAUUACGAGAGUUGCUAAGCCAACUUAAAGGAAAUGUAGAAGAAGAAAAUCGACAUCUGCUAGAUCAAAUUCAGACAUUAAUGCUACAGAAUGGAAAACUGUUGGAACAAAAUAUGGAAAGCAAGGAUCUUUUUCAUGUUGAACAAAGACAGUACAUUGAGAAGUUAAAUGAAUUAAGAAGACAAAAAGAGAAAUUAGAAAGAAAAAUAAUGGAUCAAUACAAAUUUUCUGACCCAUCUCCUCCUAGAAGGAGAGGCAACUGGAUUACUCUGAAAAUGAGGAAAUUGAUGAAGUCUAAGAAAGAUAUUAAUCGGGAACAUCAGAAAUCUCUAACAUUAACACCUACCUGCUCAGACUCCAGUGAAGGAUUUCUUCAACUCCCCCAUCAAGAUAGUCAAGUCAGUUCUUCAGCAGGUCCAAACUCUUUAGAAGAUGACCAAACUUUGGGGACCAAGAAAAGCAGCAUGGUUGCACUGAGAAGACUGCCCUUUUUGAGGAACAGACCAAAGGAUAAAACAAAAAUGAAGACCUACUACCAUCGUUCCAUGUCCAUGAAUGACCUGGAGCAGUCCAUGGUCCUAGCAGAGUGGACAGAUAGUACUGAACAUUUGGAGGUUCCUGAUGAUAUUUCAGCAGGUAAAAGGAGAAAAGAAUUGGGAGCUAUGGCCUUCUCUACUACAGCCAUCAACUUUUCAACUGUCAACUCUUCUACAGGCUUCAGAUGCAAGCAGUUGUUUAAUAAUAAAAUACUACCAUCCUCUGGAGAUGUAAGUCCACAAGGUAUUAGUGAUGAUUCUAGUACGGGAUCAAGAGUUCAUGCUUCAAGACCAGCCAGCCUUGACAGUAGCCGAACAUCCACUAGCAAUAGCAGUAAUAAUGCUUCACUCCAGACCAUUUUACAGAUGAGGAACAUGAAGGCCAAUACAGAUACUACCCAAAGCAGGCCACAAAGCCACAGCACUGGAGAAUUUAGCCUACUUCAUGACCGUGAGGCUUGAUCCAGCAGGGGUAGCAGUCCAAUCCAGCAUUUGAAAAGACAAGCCAGAUCAAGUCCAGUGCUCCAGCACAAAAUGCCUGAAACAUUAGAGAGUCGAGCACACCACAAGUUCAACACUGGUUCCCCUGGAAGUGAAGUUGUUACUCUGCAACAGUUUUUAGAAGAAAGCAAUAAGUUUACCUCAAUACAGAUAAAGUCCUCAAAUCAAGAAAAUCUUUUAGAUGAAGUAAUGAAAAGUUUGUCUGUCUCUUCUGACUUUUUGGGAAAAAACAAACCAGUUAGCUGUGGUCUGGCCAGGUCAGUAAGUGGGAGAUCUCCAGGAGACUUCUAUGAUAGACAGACAACUAAGCCUGAACAAUUUGUAAAACCUGGUCCUCAAAAGACUGAAGAUACUUAUUUCAUUAGUUCUCCAGGAAAACCUACACUAGGCACACAAGGAAAGAUAAAAUUAGUAAAAGAAACUUCUCUGUCACGACAGUCAAAAGAUAGUAAUCCUUCUGCCAUACCUCGCACAAGCAGUAUGAUCUCUACUGCCGAAGGGACUACUCGAAGGACACGCAUCCAUGAUUUUAUGACCAAGGACAGUAGACUGCCUAUGACAGUUGAUUUACCACCAGCUACUGCUGAUAGCAGCAUCACUGCAGCAUCCAAUGAGUACCAUUUACAUCAGGGGUCCUCUUGUGCACUUCACAGUCCAACAUAUGCUGUGGGUUCUUGUGCACAAAAUGAUUUAGCUACACAUAAGCCAGAGUGUCUAUAUGCCCAGGCUGGAAACUCAAGAACAGAAAGGUCACAUUUUUUAAACCAAACUUUUGCCACUAUUAAUAUGACUAAUUAUGCAUUUAGAAUAUCAGCUAAAGGUAGCACAGAGUCAUUUACUGUGGUUCAUCCAUCUUAGCCAUUUUUAUCCCUGAAUACAGAAUUAGUUAGCAACAUAAGUGGAUAACUUCCAUAA